GAAUAAAUUCCUGUGUGAUCGGAGAGUAAAUGGUGAAUUGUCUUUAAGGUCAGAUAACUAUCGGGCUAGUUUUUAGCAGCGUUUAUUGACGCUUGUUUGAGGCUUUGCUGACAGAAACCCGCCGUUAAACGUGUGUGAACGCGAUUCAGGACACUUCUCAUUGAUAUAAUGAAGCCUGAGCGCAUAAUGUGUUCCCAUUAGAUGUAUUUGUUGUGCAGAAAGCAGGAUUUCCCUCUCAGUGACGCGCUUCAGGAGCUCCUGCAGCAGGGCGCGGCGCGCGCUCGACAACUCGGGGACGCGCAGCGCGAGCUCGACACGCUGCAGACGUGUCUCCUGAAGCUGGAGCAGAGCCGGGAGUCUGCUGGGUCUCAGCUCCGGCUCCAGGAGAACAAGUUCUCCGCUCUGCUCUGUGAUACGGAGCGGCUCCAGAGCGGCGCUCUCCGUCUGGAAGCUCAGAUCCACAGCGUCCUGCAGGAGACCCUGGAGCUCCGGAGCCGCACCGAGGACCAGCAGGAGCUCCGGCGCUCGCAGCAGGCCGAGGUCAGCUCGUACCGCAGCCGAGUGAAGGAGAGCCGCGAGAACCUCCAGCGGGAGCUCCGGCAGAAGCAGCAGGAGGUGUCCGGACUCAGACUCGCUCUCGAGGAGCUCAGGAACCGCCUCCAGAAACCAGUCCGACAGACGCAGAAGGACAUCGACGCUCUUAAAGCCAGUAUCCAUGAAACCAGACAGGCUUUGAUGGAGAGAAGAGCCGAUCUGGAGAACGAACGGCAAACGCAGACGGAGCUGAGGAGAGAGAUCGAGAUCCAGGAGCGCAGGUGCGAGGCCGUCCUGAAGCGUCUGCGCAGUCAGCUGAAGAAAGCGCAGGCGGGUCAGCAGCAGCUGCGCAGUGACGUCACACACCUGCAGACGCAGCUGGACGCGCUCCGGACCCGACUCGACCCAGACGCUCCUCUCUGAGGACACUAGUCCAGUCACUGAACAGAUAGGGGUGUGUGCACGGAAUAUGUUCAUGCAUAUAUAAAUACUAACACAUACACACACACACAUAUAUAUAUAGAGAGAUGAAAAAAAUAUGCUGUUUAUAUAUUAAGUGUGUUUAUACAGAAUAUCAAAUAUAUGAAUUAUAUGCUGUAUGUAUAAAUGCAUAUUAAAUAUUGAGUGCACACACGUAUAAUAUGUAAACAUACACUAAUUUUAAAUCCAUUAACUAAUUGUCUUGCAGCUCUAGAACGUCUGUGAUUUAAAAAUCUGUUUAUUUUCUCUGAACAUGUUUUAGUUCAGUGUGUGUUUGGAUCUUUAAUACUUUAAUACUGUUCAGCUGUUUCUCAGUUAAAUGCGUUCAUGUUUCUCUCUUCAUACACACAACACAAUUAAACAGUACUUUGAUUAUCUGUAAUCAAGCUGAAGUUAAUAUAGUCCAUCUCACAUCACACACACACACACACACACACACACACACACACACACACGAAAAACAAAGACAAGGUGAAGAGAGAAAGUGUGAGGCUAUAAAUAAGGAGCAACUUCCUGUUGGCUCUGAAUAAACAGGAAACACAUUUAGAACACACACGGCUUCAGAUGCUUGGACUUUCACCAUCACACACACACACACACACACACACACACACACACACACACACAGCUGGUGAUUGGCUGCUGUGGUAUGGAAGGGGCGGGUGUAAUGUCAAAGGUCACAGAAGAGCAUAAACAAAUUCUUCCGUCAAUUCAUCCAGACACCGGAAGAUGAGGAUGAGGAUGAUCUUCAGAUUCUCUCUGAUGUGAAGUCUCUGAUCAUCACGACGUCUUUCAUCUUCUGAGCAGCUCAAACACAAUGAACAGAAACACCUCGUUCUGCUCCAGUGACCUCUUCAUCUUCAUCUUCAUCAUCACACAUUGAUCAUAAAGCUACUGGAUCAUUCCUCUAAAUUAUCAUUAUGUUAUUGUUAAAUGUGUCACACUCAAUCUACUGCGUCUCUUCUGUCUGGACUGAUUCUGAUCAAGUAAAGGUCAUAUCUCCAGAUCAGUCUUUACUUGAUUCCCCAUCAAUCACUUUCUAGAAGAAUCUGAUCAUCAGGAUCUUUAGAGGAGCUUUACUUUGUUCCUCAUGAUCUUCACCAACCUCCAAAACAUCUCACAUCUUCUGAGGAGACUCUAUUUCUUCCUCAGGAGUGUAUUAUAUGUUCAGUCUCUUCUCUCUGAGACAUAACACUGGAGAUAUAGAGUGAGAUGUAGAUCAUGUAAUGUCAGUAUCUACCAAACUGUUAUAAAGAUAUCAGAAUUUCAUCUUAUAAAUAUCAGCAUCUUUACGACACUCAUAUUUUUAGUUACGAGUCUGAAUAAAAACGGAGCAGAUUUUUCCUCCAUAUUCUCACGAUCAGACUCUGAGCCAUAAAGCCUCAUGACUCAAAUAUAUUACAAACCAUAAAACAAUCAGCUCAACAAUCUCUUCAGAAGUAGUCUAAAAGGUUCAAUGAAGUGUUCCAUUCAAAUAAAACUAUUAUUUAAUCUGUCAGGCUUUACAGCGUUAGACACGAGCUGCUGGUGAGUGUUAUAUGAUGUAUUAUAUAGAAGAAUGAAGAACUAAACGAAUCACUUCAUAACAGAGAUCAGAACUCUUUGAGUUGUCUUCAUGUCUAUUUAGUUGCUUAGCAACAUCUUUAACCCAUAUCCAUGGCACACACACACACACACACACACAUACACACACACACAGACACACACAGACACACACAGACACACACAGACACACACAGACACACACACACACACCAGAAACCGAAAG